AUGGAAGUAACGAAGUUAAAACAGAUCAGAACUGGCAACAAACGGGCCAUCACACGUCUACUGACCAAGAUUGAAGAAUUUCGACGCAAUGAAGACUUGACGGGCAUGCCACAGGUAUUGGGAUACAUUGAUGGGACAUUUGUCAGGAUAUCUACACCAAGAGAAAAUGAACCUGACUAUGUCAAUAGAAAAGGAUUCCAUUCUCUGAAUGUCCAGAUGGUCUGCAACAACAACUUCAUCAUAACAAACUGUGUGGCCCGUUGGCCUGGUUCAUGUCAUGACUCAAGAGUGUUCCGAGAAAGUCAGCUUUGUCAUGACUUUGAAAAUGACCUAUACAGUGGAUUCAUGCUAGGUGACCCAGGCUACCCUUGCCGUAGGUAUUUGAUGACACCAUACAAUCACACCAAUGAGAUCAGACACCGGGAGCGGUUCAAUGGAGCAUUGUGCAGAACUAGAGUGAUCAUUGAACAGACCUUUGGAAUUUUGAAGUGGCGCUUCAACUGCCUAUCAAUUGGUCUGAGAACAAACCCAAACAGGGCAUGCAACGUAUUGUGGCAUGUGCCAUAUUGCACAACAUAG